GACCCUUUCAUUUCAUUUUGGAGCAACAAAGAGCUCUCUACAUUAACGGGAUAAUUCCCGCAUCUUGAGACUCUACCUCGCGGUCCCUCCAGCGGAUAUAACGUCUGCCUCAUCGCCCAUUGUUUGGCAUCAUGAUGAAGUUUUUCAAGAUACCCUUCUUAGCCCUAAUCGGGCUUGUCGCUUUGGCUAUCAGUGCUCCGCUGGAUGCGAAUGCUACUAGUGGGAAUACCACUGUUGCUUCUACUGACCGUCUUGUCUUCUGCCACUUCAUGAUCGGCAUUACCAGCAACCGAAACAGCGCUGCUGAUUAUGACGAUGACAUGAAGCGGGCAAAAUCCCUGGGCAUUGACGCGUUUGCGCUGAAUAUUGGUGUUGAUCCUUACACUGAUACCCAGCUCAACUUCGCGUACGAAUCCGCCGCCCGCAACGACAUGAAAGUCUUCAUCUCGUUCGACUUCAACUGGUACAACACCGGGCAGGCCUGGAACGUUGGCCAGAAGAUCAAGCAGUAUGCGAGCUUGCCCGCCCAACUGAAGAUUGAUGGCAAGGUGUUUGCGUCCUCCUUCGCGGGCGACGGCCUCGACAUCAGCCAAAUGAACUCCGCCGCCGGAUCCGAGGUAUACUUCGCCCCGAACUUUCAUCCGGGCGUUGGAAACUUCAACGUCAUUCAAGGCGCAUUGAACUGGAUGGCCUGGGACAAUAACGGUGACAAUAAAGCCCCGAGCGGCGGACGCAACGUGACCGUUGCUCAAGGGGAUCAGGCUUACGUCAAUGCUUUGGGAGGUAAAUCUUACAUCGCACCUGCCUCUGGAUGGUUCUUCACGCAUUUCGGGGGCGAGGUGUCCUACAGCAAGAACUGGGUGUUCCCCUCCGACAUGCUCUGGUACAACCGGUGGUUCGAAAUCCUCAACCUAGCUCCUCGGUUCGUGGAGAUCGUCACCUGGAACGACUACGGCGAAUCGCACUACAUCGCACCGCUUGGUUCUCCGCACACCGACGACGGUGCAUCUAAAUGGGUCAUGGACAUGCCACACGACGGCUGGCUCCAGAUGUCCAAGCCCUUCAUCGCCGCGUACAAGAAUGGCGAAAAAUCCGUGAACAAGUACAUCACCGAAGACAAGAUCAUUUACUGGUACCGGCCUACCCCAAAGGACAUCAACUGCGAUAGCACCGACACGACCAUGGACGGCAACCCCAACAACUCCAGCGGCAACUUCUUCCGCGGCCGCCCCAACGGAUGGGAAUCCAUGCAGGACGUCGUCUUCGUCGUCGCUCUACUCAAGACCCCCGGCACCAUCCAGGUGUCCUCGGGAUCCAACAGCCAGAAAUUCGAGGCUCCCGCCGGCCCCAGCGCUUUCACCGUGCCCAUGGGCCUGGGCCAGCAGAAGUUCGCCCUCCUCCGCAACGGUCAGACCGUGAUGAGCGAGACCAGUCUCAAGAAUAUCGUCAAUACCUGCAUCUGCGGCAUCUACAACUUCAAUGCCUACGUCGGUACCGUUCCCGGUCCCACUACUAUUGACAAGCUCGCGCCGACUGGGCUUGCGGCCCUGUCUCAGGGUCUGCGUGUCCCGUGUCCCACUAACACCCUGGGAGCCAACAUGGCCAGCAUCGCCAGUGAGAGUGCCGGUCCCAGCGUCAGUGCCAGUCCCAGCGCUACGGCAUGAACGGCCACGGCAUGGCCGGUACCGGUUGCACCUGACAUGGGGGUUGUUGAGAAGAGACUAUUUACUCUACCUCGUGUAUCUUAACCUUCUGU